CGAGUGGGCGGUCCGAGGGUGACGAUGACUGCCAACAAAAGUUCCAAGGCUGCACCCCGAGCAAGAGGGGCUAAUGUGCCCCGGGACAUCCCCGACAGGUGCCAGUCUGCGUCCCCACCCCCCAUUCUCUCUGCCACACAGGGGCGGUGCCACGCCCCGCUCAGCGACAGCGAGGACAACAGGCAGCACGUCAGAUACGUCAAAACAGACGGCAGACUCUUGGGCCGGGCCGGCUGGAGCAGCAAGACCGCUAGCCUCUGCAGCGGAGCCUCCCUCUCCUGUGACCUUCCGUCCCAGAGCCGACUUACCAAGUCCAAGAGCAUUGGCUGCCUGAACAACAAGCUCUCCAUCUACAAGCCCUCUGGUGGGGCUCAGGUGGGUCAGGAGGCCCAGAGGGGCCAGGAGGAGCAGAAAGAGAACCAGAAACAGGAGGAUCUUCCUGGGGGGGGUGGACUGAGUGGUGGGCCCCUGAGCUGGAGCACCCUAUCCCUGGGACCCUCGUCCAACCACGUCCACAAGCGCACCCUCUCUCUCAGCCGCCCCGUGUCGGGGGCAUCCUCUGUGGCCAUCCGUAAGAAGAUCUCAGAAUGGGAGUGCAGGAGGGUGGCUCUGCCUAGGAUGAGCCUGUGUCUGGAGAAGAGGCCUGUAGGUGAGCGUGUGGGCGGCAGCGAGGGCUGCCCCAGCCUCCUCUCCUCACCUUGCAGUGAGAAGACCUUUGACUUCAAGAGCAUCCGGAGGAUGAGUACGGCUUUCUCAGAGUGCUCCUACCCAGAGACGGAGGAAGAAGAGGCAGCCUCAGACAGGGAGGGCUUGGGCCGCUUCCAGAAGAGGCCAGGAAAGACCGACUCCUCUGCGUUAUUCCUGCACUCCCUGUCUGCGCGGAAGGAAACGUCUGCUGUACUCAAUCGGAUACAAAAGAUCGAGAAGGUGCUGAAGGAGAGCCCCAGCCAGCCACCGCGGUAUCUUAGUAACUGCUAUGCACCAGACAAAACGAGACAGCAGUCUUUUACAAUAGGUGGGAUCGAGGACUUGGACAGUAGGGGCACCAGUAAACGCAGCAGUAUAUGUUCCGUGGCCACAGAACCAGACGCCCCGCCGGCAUCUGAUAAACUCUCCAGACAGAGGUUCAGUGUGAGCUCAACCCGGUCAGAGACCGAGAGCCCAGAGCCCCCCUGUCAACAGACCCCAGAGGGCAUGCCAGUCAACCCCCUGCCCAAACCUAAACGCACCUUUGAGUACGACGCCAACCGCAACCACAAGGGCAUGUCGCCAAGCAACGGACUACCUCCUGGCAGUGCCUCUGAGGAGUCACCACCCCUGCUGCCCACCACCCCCGCACCCAACAUGACGCAAAAUCUGACAAAGGACGGGAGCACCCCUAAGAGACUACAGGACAGGGAGUCAUGUGAGUUGGAGGAUGCUUCCAGCCUGGCCUCCUCGUACCCGUCCUCUCCCACAGAGAAUGGCACUGUUUCCACAGAGACCCGCGGCAGCAGCCGGCCCAGCUCCAAAAGCACUUUAGAGGAGAACGCCUAUGAGGACAUAGUGG